AUGAUAUUAUUAUAACACAAAACAAAACGCAACAACCGAACCGGCAAUAAAAUGGCAGUUUAUUUCUUACAAUAAUCUCCACGAAUAACAUUUCUGAUUUCUCUCCUCUGCCUCUGUGUCAUCUUCUUCUUCCUUCCUCCUCUCUUUCUCAGAUCGGUUAUUAGAAAUGAUUGGUGAUUAGUGAAACUUUCUGGCAGGAUUUGCAUUAAAUAUUGUUACCCCAUUUGAAGUAGGAGUUAAGCUAGAAAGAAAAAGAGACCCAAUUCAGGAAUCCUGGGGUUCAAUUUUUAUAUGAUUUGAUUUGACGUGUAGAUUAAGUAGUGUAUUUAUUGGAUGAACAGUUGAAAUUUGUGGUUUUGUAAUUGGGGGUUUGGGUGUUUCUGUGGGGGUGUGCAAAGAUAGAUGGGAAGGGGACAAAAGGUUAAUUGUAAGAGGAAUCCCAAGAAAAGGGUCAGGGAUAAAGAUUCCGAUGAUUCGGAUGAGGAUUAUGUCGUGGGGAAUGAGGAAAAUGUCUCGGAUGAUGAUUCAGAGGAUUGUCGAAUUUCUCUAGAUGGGUAUGCAUCAGAGGAGAGUUUUGAUAGUUUUGUUGAGGAGGAGGAGGAGGAGGAGUUCAGGAAGCCUGUUAGAUCGAGGAAGAAAAGUGGUUCUUUAGGGGAUGGGAAAGUUGAGGGUAAAACUUCUCAGAAGAGAAAAAGGGUAUCUUAUGAUGACGAGGAUGAGGAAUAUAUUAAUGAUGAUGAGGGCGAAACUGAUGAAGAAUUCACACCAGAUGAAGAUGAUGAUGAUUGCUUGGAUGAGGAUGAAGAAUUGACAGUGAAAAGGAAGAGCAGGAAUGUGAAAGUGAUCAAGAGGAGAGAGCCGAAAAGGGGUUCUGGAAGAUGUAGAAAAAGGAUUAGAAAAUCUAGGGUUUUGAAGAAGCCUUUGGCAAAGAAAGGAAGAAACAAACGUAAGUUGAAGAAGAAAGAGAGAUGUGAAUAUGAUGAUGAGGAUGAUGGUGACUUUUUAGCUGAUAGCUCAAUUGUGAGAGAAAAGAGCAAGAAACAUUCAGGUGUGAGAAAGAGGAAAUUUGCUGUAAAUUCGGAUUCAGAUUUUUUGUCUAAUGGAUCAUCUGAUUAUGACUAUACCAUUUCUGAGGAAGAGAGGGAGCAGGUGAGGGAGGCCAAUCAGUUUGGAGAAUUGAAGACGAGUUUGAGAAGCUCAUCAGCUGGGAAGAGAUUUCAGGAGAAUGGGGAUUUGUGCGAGCAGACAAAACCACUAGGAAGAAAAGGUAAGGAAAAGGUAGAGGAAGUAAAAUCAGAGCUAGGAAGGCAGGUGUGUGGAAUUUGUCUUUCUGAAGAGGACAAAAGAAGAUUCAGGGGAACACUGGACUGCUGCAGUCACUAUUUCUGUUUCACUUGCAUCAUGGAGUGGUCAAAAGUAGAAUCCCGUUGCCCUUUGUGCAAGCAAAGAUUUAGAACAAUAACCAAGAAUGGAAGAUCAAUAGUGGGAGUUGAUCUGAGAAAUAUGGUGAUACAAGUUCCCAAGCGUGAUCAGGUCUAUCAACCAACUGAGGAAGAAAUCAGGAGCUACAUUGAUCCAUAUGAGAACGUGAUUUGUAAAGAAUGCCACGAAGGUGGGGAUGAUGGCCUCAUGCUGCUAUGUGAUCUCUGUGAUUCAUCUGCACAUACCUAUUGUGUUGGUUUGGGGCGGCAAGUACCUGAAGGCAAUUGGUACUGUGAUGAUUGUAGACCUGUUGCUCUUGGAUCCUCAAGUUCCCAAACUCAAGAUUCCUUGCCUGAUCAAUGGAAUAUAAGCAGCAACAUAUUUAAUAGACCAUCGCUCAUGUUGAAUUUAGAAGAAGGUUUAGAUCCCAAUCUAGAGUCUUCACCUCGAUUGACGGUCCCACAAGCAUUUGGGAGUCUGUCAUCUCCGAGAUUUCCAACUGGAGAUAAUCAUGUAGCUUCUCCAGUGUCUGGAGCAGGGGCAUCAACUCUCUCUGGGAGACGUCAUAUACACCGUAAUAUACGGAUUCUCCUUUCAAAUAUGAAUCCCUCAACAAAUAUGAAUCCCAUGGCAAAUAGAAUUGAUGUCAUCUCAGCUGCCAGCUUGCGUAGUGAUCUUUCAAACUCGCAAAUUGAUCUGGGUAGGGGAACAGCUCUUCAAAAUUUAAGGACACAAGAAGCUGACACAUUAGAACAGACACAUCACGAGGAGAGAUUGCAGACUAAUGACCAUCAGCCGUCUUCAUUUCAAAAUAGGGAUUCUUUUUAUCUGACGCCAAACCAAUUGACAAGGCAAAUAGUUCAGGAUCCAACUAUUCCAACUUCUGACAGACCCGUCAAUUUGACAUUAUGGCCUGAACUCAUGGGGAUCAACUCAAUGUCUGGUUCUGAACAACUGCAUGAGUUUGACAGCAGAGCAAUGACCGGGCAUGGUGGUACUUUGUCCUCGUACCAAGUUAGAGGAGAAAGCCAAUUCUAUGAUGUGAAGGAAAAAUUGCAAUCAAUGGUCAAAAACCAUUUGGGAAGCUUGUCACAUGAUACUGAAUUAGACCAUGAUACUUUCAAGGAUAUAUCAAGGAGUUCUACACAUACCAUAUUAGCUGCUUGUGGGCUAGAGCACAAGAGGAGUGAAGUUCAUACAGUGCCCCCACCAUCAACUUGUAUACAUAUCGAUAGAGUGGUCGCUGGGCAGACAAGCCCGAUGAAAGGUUGUUGCUCAUCUUGUUUUGACUCUUUUGUAAGGGACGUAGUGAAAAGGAUCAUGGAAAAGAGACCACGACAGUGGUUGACUUUAGGUCUUUAGGGUUUGAUGCAGGGAGAAUCUAUUUCCUCUCUUUUUUGUUAGAGUUGGACAGACAUUUAUGGUUAACUUGUUUAUAGGCAUAAUUGACUAACAUUGAGCACACAAAAGCUCCAUUCUUAUUUGAUCAUGAUACUCACUAUUUAGACCGACUAAA